AUGGCGCUAGUGUUUGCUGGAAAGGCAGUGGCAACUGCAGCCAUCUCCUUCUGGAUCAACAAGGCUUUCACCUGUCUGAAAGAGUACAAGGUUGAAGACAUGGAAGAUGUUAAAAACAGGCUGCUGCAAUCGAUGCCGAAGAUCCAGGUUGUGCUCGAUAUUGUCAACCCCAUAUAUGUAAAGGAACAACAGAGUGCACUGGAUGCAUGGUUAUGGCAGCUUAGAAACGCAGUUGAGGAGGCUGAAGAUGCGAUCGAUGUGCUCGAGUACUACAAACUCAAAGAAAUCGCAAAGGAUCACAAGGUUAGUGACUGGGGUUCCUCUCUUUCUAAGGUGAAGCACAAAGUUAUAAAAUCUGUUAAACAUGUCAGUAGUUUGGAUAGGAGUCUGAAACAAUUUACUCACCGGGGCACCCUCAAGAGGUUGAGGGAAGCUGUGGAGGGUUUAGACAAGGUUACUUCAGAUAUUAUGAGCAUUCUAACAGUCACAGAACGUCUGAAGGAGGUUAGUAGUCAUCAGCAGGAGUAUUUGAAUGAUGAUCGUGCGACAGGUUCGACAUUAACUCCACCUAAAUUCUUUGGACGAGAAAAGGAGAAAGAAAAAAUAAUUAGAUGGCUGACAAAGGCAUCAACUGAUGCUUCUGGGAAUUUGAUGAGCAGUAACCGUGUUCCUAUCCUUUCAGUAAUUGGUCAUGGUGGCAUGGGAAAGACUACUUUAGCUCAGUGCGUAUGUGAAGAAAUGGUUAUGAAGAAUUUCAAGGUUAUAUGGGUGUGUGUAUCUAAUAGCUUUGAUGUAACAUCCAUGACAAGUAAAAUACUAGAAUCUGCUAUGGGGGCAAAACCUAAUGCCAUUUGUUUGGAGACACUACAGAAAGACCUAAUACAGAAUCUGAAGUAUUUUACUGAUUUUUUGCUUGUUUUAGAUGAUGUGUGGGAAGAUAAGAGAGAAGAGAAAUGGGAAAAGUUAUUUGCUCCUUUAAGGACAGGGAAGAGUGGGAGCAGAAUUCUGUUAACAACACGAAUGCGCUCAGUAGCUGUUUUGGCCGCAAAUGCCAUGGGAAUUGAAACAGAAUGUUUGACAAUAGAAGGACUUGAAGAAGGUGAAAAUGUUGAUCUCUUCAAUCAUUAUGCCUUUUCUGGUCAGAAUCCACAGGAUUUUCCAAAUCUGAAAUCAAUCGGAAAGCAAAUUGCGAAGAAACUAGGAGGGUGUCCCCUGGUAACAAAGGUUGUUGGUGGCCAUUUACGGAGCAAUAUGAGUUUUCAAUGCUGGAACAAUUUCUUGCAAGAAGGUCUGGAACAUUUUAAAGGAAGUGAAGAUGACAUUAUGGAAGUCCUCAGAUUAAGCUACUACUAUCUACCAACAGAGCUUCAGACUUGUUUCAGGUACUGUAGUAUAUUCCCACAAGAUUAUGCAUUUACAAUGAAAGAGUUAGUGUUGAUGUGGAUAGGUUCAGGAUUGAUCUCACAAGCUGGAAACAAGUCAAAAAGGCUUGAGGACAUUGGAGAAGAGAUAUUGUCUCAAUUAAUUGGGAAAUCAUUCUUUGAAACCAAAACCAAAGUAUAUCAAUAUAGUCAAAGAAAGGAAGAAUAUUACAUAAUGCAUGACUUAAUGCAUGAAUUGGCAAGGUAUGUAUCUUCUGGAGAAUGUGCAAGAGUAAUCGGUCCUGGCAUGUUGGAAGGUGAGAAGGAUACAGUUCAACACCUUUGUGUUUCUGGCAUUGACCAUUUGUCUACUGAGGAAAUCAAGAACAUCUCACGUUUUAAGAAUGUGCGCACUGUUAUCAUUGAAGGUUCAAGUUUGAUUGACAAUAAUACAUUCCAUAUAGUUGAAAAUGUUAUGGAAAAGUCAAAAUCGUUGCGUUUACUGCGAUCAAAUUUGGAGAAUACAUUUCAUCUUCCAAAAAUUGCUGAUUUAAAGCACCUCCGUUAUGUUGAUCUACGUAGGAUAUCUCCUGAUACCAUAUGUGGACUUGUCAAACUUUAUCACUUAUUGCUAGUUGAUUGUUUCAAUGGUUCUCAGGAAGAGCUGAAACAAGUAAGGUAUUUGGGAAACCUUGAUCAUCUGCGAUAUGCGAACUACGGCAAAAUCGGCGAGUUCCCAAUUGGAAGGCUCACUUCACUUCAGGAGCUGCACAACUACAGGGUCCAAGGUGGCAAAGGUAACAACAUAAGUGCAAUCAGCAACUUGAGUACUCUUCGUGAACUAGAGGUGUUUGGUCUUGAGAAUGUUGAGAGUCAUGAAGAAGCUGACAAUGCCAAGCAAAAUACAAAGCAAUAUAUCAGCUCCUUAUCAUGGUCAGCACGUGCGACUGUGGAGAACAGCAAAGAUGAGUUGCUUCUUAAUCACCUUGAGCCACAUGCUAAUAUUGGAACGCUGAAAAUUUCAGGCUAUGGUGGUGUAAGUUCUCCUAAUUGGAUUGAGAAUCUCUGCAUCAAGAACCUAGUGUCACUUGAGUUGGCAAGAUGUCUAUACUGGGAACACCUUCCUUCACUUGGAGAGCUAGAGUCUCUUAAACAUCUUUGGUUGGAGUGCCUUCCUAGCUUGCAACAUAUUGGUCAAUCAUCUCAUUUAUCAAUUAGUAAUUGUGUUGAUUUAUCCCUUCCUCCAAAUCUUGACACUAUGAUUGUACGAUGCUGCAAAGAGCUGAAGGAAUUGCCUACCCUGCCUUCUACAUUGGUUCAUUUUGAAAUAAGUAGUGUUGGGUUAACCAAAUUUCCUAGGAUAGGACAGAGAUGUAAUGGGAACCUUGAGACCAAGUCACACGAUUGCUGCUUGUAAGCAUCGAAGAGUGUAAAUAUCUGGCCUCGCUUGAAGGGAGCCUUCUGGUGCAGGGAGAUUACACUAAAACCAUCCAGGUCCUACGUAUCACAGACUGCGAAGAACUGGAGGCUGCUCCACUGUCAUUUGAACUGAUGAAUGAGCUUAGAGAACUUGAUAUCAGAAACUGUCCAAAACUGAGGACAUUGAGAGAUGUUGUAGAUAGAUUCCUGCCAUUAACAUUUCAAAAACUGAGUGCCAAUCACUGUGGUGAACUUGAGCUUCCACUGGUUGGAUCACUACAAGGACUCAUGCAUCUUUCUGAGCUGGUGUUGGAGAAGUGCACGCGCGUAGUAUCCCUCCCCUCGGAUGAUGUGUUUAAGAGCCUCAAGUCGCUGAAGUUCCUCGACAUAAUAGGAUGUGAGAAUCUCUCAACCUUAGGAGGUCUUGGUUCCCUUCAAUACCUUAUUAAGCUGAAAAUUACUUCUUGUAGUAAGCUCAUGGCAGUUGGGUCGUCCCAAACUGCUGAAAAAUCAUCUAGUGGUAGUGGUGGUGGUGGAGAAGAGCCUGUGGUGGUGCCUACCAGCUCCCUGCAGAUAGACUAUCUUGAAAUUGAUCUGCCAGACAUACUGCAUCUUGAGCCACUCAAGGGUCUCCGUCACACCAAAGGAUUGGUAAUUGGAGGUGGAAGGAAAAUGGAGAGCUUACCCGAGGAGUGGCUUCUUCAGAACAGUGGAAAGCUCCAAUCCCUAAAGAUUUUGAGUGCCAGUUCUUUGGAAUCUCUGCCACUCCAUAUGCGAGAUCUGUGCUCUCUCAACUUCUUGCUGUUAUCCGGUGCUGGGAAACUUCGGUCUCUUCCUGAUUUCCCCUCCUCUCUGCAGAAGCUCUAUGUCAUUGGCUGCAGCAAUGAAUUGGAGAAGCAGGUUGGAGUACAUGAAAGCCCUGAAUGGAAUAAUAUCUCCAAGAUUGCCAAGGUGCACAUAGGAGGUUCAUAUUUCAUGGACGGCAAAGAAUGCAGUGAAGAGAUUUUCGACAGGCAGUAGUGAUGAAUAAUAUUGAUUCAAGCAUAAGCAUGUUGCUUUCUACCGAAAUCUAGGGCUCUAGCUGCGAAGCCUGUUGAAUCGACGCAAAUUUCGACAUGGAUCAAAGCUAAAUGCUUGUGCUGCCAUCCUGGAUAGAUCUUCAGAAGAGUUUGUAGAGACCACUGGGGGUGUUUCCAUGGACCCCUUGUCAUGAUGGCAGAUGCUUACACUAAUUUCGUUCUUUGAAAGAGUCUGUUUAUCACCUCUAUUUCGUUAUUGCAUAGUCCGUACUGGAUGUUUAUUAUAAUGUUUGUUGUGAAUUUCGUUUUCAAACUUGUAACUUGAUUGGAAUGUGACUGCUGGUUGUAAACUCUUCUCUUGAUUCGACAGAAUGCAUCAGUUCAGCAUUCCCUCUGAACAAAAGGUUCAAAAAAAAUUUACAUCAAAUGCCCCUGUUUAAAUUUCCAAACAAUACAUGAAGUAUA